AUCGCUCAUUCGCUCUCGCUCGUGUAACUUGAUUGGUCAAGUUUAAUGUUCAGUGGGUUCGUGUUGUUUUCUUGUAACGACGACGUUCUUCGUAUUCGUGUAGUAAUUUUGUAUUACUGAAUUUGAAAGUGUUAUCAAAACACUUGUUGAAUGUUUGUGCGUUGUGGUGCGAUUUCCGCGUUAAAAAAAAGUAAAAUUGCUCUUUAAAUAAUAUAAUGUGCGGCUAAUUUCGCGUAAAUUUUCGUCACCGUUGGCGCUGCUCGAAUUGGCGGUUAAAGUUCGAUACAGGUGUGCGAAAAAAAUUACACAGUGCGCGAAAUAAUCGAGUAUAAUUAAUUUUCUACCGUUGGUCUUGGUUCUUCUGCGAAGUGUGCGGUGUCGGAGAAGCGAUUUUCAACUCUAAAUGUGAAUACCGAGUGAGUACGAACUUUAGUCCCAGAAUAUUUAGAAGAAUGUGUCUCAACGUGUAAAAAUGAAUGGAUCGUUGAAUGCGGUCUAGCGCGAAAAAGAAGUGUUAUUUAUCAUUACGAUGAAGAGAGAUGAAAUGAGGCGUAGACGUCUUGAUCGCCUCGUCCACAGGUGAGGAACUACAAUGAAAAAUCCACCAGUCGUAUGCGCCGUGUACAUUUGCUGCUUGCUUCAAGUAUUCAUGGCUGCGGCUUCGAUGGCAUUGGUCGAGAAUCCAGGCGCAGGCAACGAAUCAUCGAAAACGACCAGCUCGAAUUCGUGUCCAUGUCCACCUUCGUCGUCCUCGAACGAUACCAACUCCAGCGUCGCCGCCGCAGUGGUUGAAUACUACACAAACACCUCUAUCCCCAAAGGUCGCGUGAAAAACAUCACCAUCGGAUAUUUAAGCACGGUUAAAGGCUCGGGACUCCCGGAAAGGCAAGGCUUGGCUAUUUCUGGAGCACUUACAACGGCGUUGAACAAAAUUAAUGAAACAUUCCGCGAAAAGUUUCCUUAUAUUAAUUGGACCUUGAAAUGGAGCGAUACGUAUGGCGAUGAAGUCAUCGGUACCAGAAUCAUCACCGAAAUGAUUUGUCAAAACGUAUCCGUGUUUAUAGGUCCAGAUGCCAAAACGUGUAAAACUCAAGCAAUCGUAGCCAAGUCGAGAAACAUUCCCAUGAUUAGUUUCAGGUGUUCCGAAUACCUAGGCAGUGAUAUGAACACAUUUGCUAGAACAGAGCCACCAGAAACACAGAUAACGAAAUCGGCGAUAGCUACGUUACGUUAUUUUAAAUGGAAGAUUUUCGCCAUAUUUUACGAAAAAAAUAGCAAAAUUAUAGCCGAAUCGUUGAAAAAAGAUGCAGAAAAUUCCAACCUUACAGUGUCAUUUUUUCACGACGUCGAAGCUCAUCACGAUUGUUGUAGGAACGCAGAACCUUGCUGUCAGGCGACCUAUUUGCCGGAUUUAUUGAGGGAGGCUGAAAAAAAAGCUAGAAUUUACGUUUUCAUCGGUACAACCACCAUGUUGGUCGAAUUCACCAGACAGAUGGAAAUUAUGGAGUAUUUUGACCAGGGCGAAUAUUUAGUAAUUUAUUUGAAUAACGAAGCGUACACUAACGUAGAGGCCGAUUUUUAUCUUUGGCUGGCCGACGAUUUGAGUAAAAACAGUAAAUGUACCGACGUUGAACCUGUACAAAGAAUAGAAAGAAGAGCCAAAUCCAUUCUGGCGAUUGUAGGAUCGCCACCCACCGCAAACUAUCAAGACGUUUUCAUAAAAGAUGUUUUGUAUGCGAACACUCAGGAUCCGUUCAAUUUCCCCAUGCCAGAAGUGCUGAGUCGAGAAUCCAUGAGAAAGUUCGUCACCAUUCACGCGGCGUAUCUGUACGAUGCGUUGAUGUUGUACGCAAAUGCAUUGUUUGGUUUGAUCGAUCAGUUACCGGAAGCGAAUAAAACUCUGGAAAGUCUGGAUGCAAUCGAGGCCAAUGGUACCGAAAUCAUACAAUAUAUCAUGAAGAAAGGAACUUACAACAGUAUAACUGGCUCGGGGAUGAAAAUCGACUCAAAAGGCGAUUCCGAAGGUAACUUUACGGUAUUGUCGUUGAAACGAGAAGUACACAACAACAGUAAAACUAAUUUCUCUUGCGAAUAUAUCAUGCGACCAAUCGGAGGAUUCGUGUAUAAUAGUAAUAAUAAUGGUAGCUUGGAAUUCAAGUUAUUAUCACCGGGCGAGCAAAUAGAUUGGGUGAUGUCACGUGCGCCGCAAGAUCAACCGAAUUGCGGAUUCAAAGGGGAAUUUUGUAUGGAUGACUCGCAGACUGAAUCCUGGAUAGCCGGAAUCUUAGGGGUUCUGUUGAGCUUCUCGUUCGUCAUCAUUGUGAUAAUGUAUAGAAAAUGGAAAAUCGAAAUGGAAAUCGAAGGGUUGUUGUGGAAAAUCGACCCUAACGAUUUGAUCGGAUUCUACGGCAACGAUAUGAGCUCCACUAAGGUCAGCAUCAUAUCGGCGACUUCGUACGAAUCUCGUUGCGGUGGUCAAGUGUUCGCGACGACCGUCCACUAUCGUAACGUAAUGGUGCGAAUCAAAGAACUGAAAUUUAAUAGAAAGAAAGACAUCACCAGGGAAUCGAUGAAAGAGAUGAGAAUAUUGCGUGAUUUACGACACGAUAAUGUCAACUCCUUCAUCGGAGCCGCCAUCGAUACUACUAGGAUCGUUUUAGUGACUGAUUAUUGCGCCAAAGGCAGUUUAUAUGAUAUAGUAGAAAACGAAGAUAUCAAAUUAGACAGAAUGUUCAUCGCAUCUUUAGUCCACGAUUUGAUCAAGGCUAUGCUGUUCCUUCACAAAUCGCCGAUUAACUAUCACGGUAAUUUGAAAUCAUCCAAUUGCGUUGUGACCAGCCGCUGGGUAUUGCAAGUUACCGAUUUUGGUUUGCUCGAGUUAAGGCAGCAGUCCGCCAAUGAAUCGAGUGAAGGCGAACAUCAGCGUUAUAGAAAUAUGUUAUGGAAGGCGCCGGAAUUACUUCGGAGCACCGAGACGUUUGUUAAAGGAUCUCAAAAAGCGGACGUGUACGCGUUUGCCAUCAUUUUACACGAGAUUAUCGGUCGUAAAGGUCCAUUUGCUGGAUGUGGAUACGAUGAACCAAAAGAUAUAAUUAACCUGAUACAAAAAGUACCUGGGCCUUAUGAAUUACCUUUGAGACCUAAUACGCAUUUUCUAAAAUCUUGCGAAGUAGGCGAUGAUUACGUUGUCAAGUGUAUGGAAGAGUGUUGGUCCGAGCAGCCUGAGCUGAGGCCUGAUUUUGGUCAAAUUAGAUCCAGGCUUAAAGUUAUGAAGGAGGGAAAACAACGAAACAUCAUGGACCAUUUAAUGGAGAUGAUGGAAAAAUACACGAAUAAUUUAGAAGAUUUAGUCAAUCAAAGGACUUUGGAAGUAUAUGAAGAAAAACGUAAAACUGAAGAUCUCCUGCAUCGAAUGUUACCAGCGCCUGUGGCUUCAAGACUUACGCGAGGCUAUGGAGUAGAACCAGAAUCUUACGACUUAGUUACCAUUUAUUUUAGCGAUAUCGUUGGUUUUACUGCAAUGUCCGCCGAAAGUACGCCCCUCGAGGUUGUGAAUUUUCUGAAUGAUUUGUACACGUUAUUCGAUCGUAUUAUCAAAGGAUACGACGUGUAUAAAGUUGAAACCAUCGGAGAUGCUUAUAUGGUGGUUUCAGGCCUGCCUUUGAAAAAUGGCAAAAGACACGCGGGUGAAAUAGCUUCGAUGUCUCUAAACCUAUUGGAAGCUGUGAAAAAUCACAAAAUACGACACAGACCGCACGAAACAUUGAAAUUACGAAUAGGCAUUCACACCGGACCGGUAGUGGCUGGAGUUGUAGGUCUGACCAUGCCGAGGUAUUGCUUAUUCGGCGACACCGUGAAUACCGCGUCGCGAAUGGAGUCCACCGGGGAACCUUUGAAGAUACAUAUCAGUGCGCAGUGUAAAAAUGCCUUGGAUAAGGUAGGAGGGUACAUUGUGGAAGAAAGAGGUCUAGUCAAUAUGAAGGGUAAAGGCGAAGUUUUGACGUAUUGGUUGGUCGGAGCUACCGAAAAAGCCGUUCAGAAGAGAGAAGUCGAUUUAGCCGAACUACCAGCCUUGUUCUGCGGCGCCUUACGCAACAGUCCCAAACUAGUCGGCGACACCAGCCGUAGACAUUCCAGUAUCCCACGAGGUAACUCCAUCGAUAAAGGAGCGCCGCUAGCAGCCCCCGAAAGCAGCAGUAUUCUGGCCUAUCCCGAACUGAUCGCCGCCCAGUCCACCAUCCCAGAAAACCAUCACGAUCAAGAUGCAGAUCAAGAAGACGUCGACGGCGACGAUUACGACACAACCGAGCGGACCGAGACUGAAGAUGAUACACCUCCAUUCGCAUACCCGGUGCCUUUGAUUCAGCUUCUCGGUCCGCGAAAACGUGUCCGAGCCGCUAAUUCGUUCGACUACCUACCAAACAAACGAAUUGAACGGGUCAAUUCGGCGGUGAAAAGGAGUUGCCAUUCGUUACAAGUUCGUAUUAACAACGAUCGAUCUGUCGACGAGUCUCCCUCACGCCGGUCACUUUUCACCAUCUCGUUACCUUCACUAACGUCUCGUUACCCUCUACAGGAAAAUAAACUCUUCAGAGUGGACAGCACCGGAUACGAUAAUACCAAUAACUGCGACGUUAUAGGUAACGGUGCCCUGCACUGCGCCCCACUGUUGACCGAGACCAAGAAAUGGCAUUCUCUCGAGGACGUCCCUAUACCGGCCCAUAACCGUAAAACACAGCCUAGAGGUUCGAUACGUGGCUGGUUUUUCCAUCUGUUCAACGGCGGUGCGAAUAUCCGCGGUAGUGAUAUAUCCUUAAGGAAGGCUAUGCCAGCCUACGUCGACUUGCAGCCCGAAAAAGAGAGUAUCGUUUGAAGAUGGUACCCACUUGAUGAGGUAAACGUGCUCCAAAUUGUGCUAGAAGGAAAAAAUGCCAUAUUUAGUUACCUUUCCCCACUUUUUUUUCUUUCUUUAACCAUUUAAAUUACCUUACAUUGCGCAGAAUGUAUUAACGGUGAUGGAAAACUGUCCAAAUGGUGAGAAAUACCUUUGAAAUCGAGAUUUGGCAACGUUGCCGUGUUCGUGAUUUCGUUUUACGACGACGAUAUCGAUGAAAAUCUUGUUCUAGUUGAUAAAUUUUACCUCCUACGUCUGAUGUUCCUGUGCCAUUUUGCAACGUUGCCAUGUUAUACGUACAGAAAGUUGCCAUAAUAUUCGUGUGAAAACGUUUGCAACGUUGCCAAACGUAACCCGAGAUCUACUUACUAUAUCAGGGGGAAAAUACGGUAUCAGAGUCGAUCAAAAGUCAUAUUGCGUGGUCCCCUCCUCCCUCCCCAUAUGAAUAAAAAUUAUUCGUCAACGAACUACUUACCUACGUAUAUCGAUGUUGUCAAAUUUACCAGUUUUUUCUACUUAGUUUUUAACGAGCUUUCCCCCCUCCUGGUUUUUAUUUCCUUUCAUGACAAACUCUCAACAUCUCAAAAAAGGGUUUGUUGAAACUUUUUUUUUUUAUUAUAAAAUUUGUCGUAUUUCAGGUUUUUAUUUAUUUAUCUUUUUUUUUUUUUUUUUUUUUUUUUUUGUAAUUAAGGAAACAAAAAUUACGGAUGUGAUAUCAACUUAAUAAAUUGUGAUAUUUAUAUCUUACAAACUUUCAAUUUUAUAUUUUAAAGUCGAUGAUGCUAUUUUUACUAUCUUUCCUCCCCCCUCCCCCUGGCUUAUUUUAUUAUAUUUUUAUCCUUGUAUAUAUUUCAUCGUCGUGUUUCGCUUUAAAUUUUUUUUCUAUUUUGCGUUACACGAUUUUUUUUUCACUGUUUCUUUUUUUUCACAUUGAAUACAAAAUGAGGUUUUAUGCAUUUUUUUGAACGUUUUAUAUAAGAUGUUUUUAAAGUAGCGGAAUCGGUUCCCCUAUCCUAUGGCCCUUUUUCAUUUCCCCCUCCCCUGCUGUAGGGUUUUACAUUACAUUUUAUCUACCCCUUUUUUUAUAUGUUUAUAUAUUUUAACUGUAUAGUGAUUUUUUUUCUUCUUCUUUCGUUUUAUUUAUUGUAAUUUUUUUUCGCUUGUUUUAAGGUGGUAAUUGUUAAUUACAUUGUACUAGUCAUAUAUAUCGUAAAGUUAUCCGAGUUGAGGAAUUUAUUAUUUUUUUUUUAACCCGAGGAAACGUUUUGGAGAGAUUUUUCAAGAGCUCGUUAAAUAUUGGAAUUGUGAAAGGUUUUUUUUUAUUUUGUUCUCUUUGUGAAAUUGGCAACAUUGCUGUGCCGAGCUUUAUUGAAAAUCUCUUCUAGGAACGUUUACUCGCCUACCAUAACAAAUUUUUUUAACCAAUCAACGGUUUAUUUUUUGAUCACCUUUUUACCAUUUGUAGUAUUUUGUUCUAUUUUUUUUUCGUUUUUUUCUUUCUUACGCGCACGACUUUUCCUACUUCGUUGCUCCCUUUCCCACCAGUUGAUUUGCCCAUACUAAAAAACGAAGAUGAUAAGAUCGUAGGAGUUUAUAUGUUGAGGCUCUCUUUCGAUUCUGUUUCUGUUGAAUGAUCUCAUUGGCGCAAUUUUGAAGAGACAGGUGAUUAACGCGGCGUGUUACUUAGAUAUUAUAAUAAUGUAGUAGUACAUCGAGAUCUUCCCUAGCCCCCUCCCAACCCUACCCCAAUCCUUUCUUUGUAUCACUGUAUGGUCAAAAUAGACAAAGGACUGUUCUUUUUAUCAGACACGAUAAGAAGAACAACCCUUUGGCUAUUUUGAUCGUCUUCCUCGAUUAUCUGUUUAUGAUAGAACGGAGUAUAAACCGAACACAAUAUCAUUCCAGCAUUUAUUCGUUAAGUUUACGAUAUUGUUUGUUUGUUUUUUUUUCUUUUUUCAUUUUUUUUUUUUAACAACGUAUACCUUUAAAUUUACGUAAGGGUUACUUUUCCUUUUUCUUCUUAUUUUUUUUUGUUGAAAAUUUUGUGUAUAGUAAGAUUUGUACAUAGUAAAAGUUUUAAGAAUUUUUUUUUAUUCGAUAACUUUUUUUUUCAUUUUUAACAGAAUCAAAAACAGAACGUAUUUGUGUAAAUUAGGGUUUUAAACCAUUUUACUAUUUUACUACGCUGUUAGCGAAUUAGUGUUUUUUUUCUUUCUUUUUUUGUAUACUUGUAAAGAGUAAAUUGAAUUUGAAUUUCGCUUGAUUGAU